UCUGUCAACAAACGAAAAGAUGGAUUUCCCAGAUGAUGAACCCUGUGCUUCACAGAAGGCACCAUAUGCUCACAGGAAUAUGACAGACUUUGCACCCGACAACUUUGGGCUUUUCUCAGACGAGGAGCUGAUAACUAUAACGACUAAGAAUCUCAAUGAACGUCUGAAAAAGAACAAUGUACCUAAAAAAACAGCCAACGCACUAAAGGAGAAAAGACGAACCUUGAAGAAUCGUGGAUAUGCAGCUUCAUGCAGGGUGAAAAAGGAAUUAAAAGAGGAGGAAGUUACAGCUUUGAUAGCGAGAGAAGAGGCAUCAUUUCUUGAGCAGAAAAAUAGGAACAUGCUGAAAGCAAGUGCUAUCAAAAAUAAGAUUGAGGCAACAAAAACAAUGAUGAACGACUUGAAGAUCGAUAAUUCGGAAUAUUUGGCAGAGUUGGAGAGGAAGAUAUCAGAGUUGGAAUUAGACAAGGAGGACUUCCUCUCUUCCUGAUAUCUCAUCUGUAUAUAGAAACUUCUUUCCAGGACGAUCAGCAUCUAAAUUCCGACCUGUUUACUCCCAACUACAAAGUGUAACCUAACCGAAUCAAGAAUCAAGUUCCAAGUGAACCUGGUUCAGUCCUCCAGAUCAAGUUCCAAGUGAACCUGGUUCAGGCCUCCAGAUCAAGUUCCAAGUGAACCUGGUUCAGGCCUCCAGAUCAAGUUCCAAGUGAACCUGGUUCAGGCCUCCAGAUCAAGUUCCAAGUGAACCUGGUUCAGGCCUCCAGAUCAAGUUCCAAGUGAACCUGGUUCAGGCCUCCAGAUCAAGUUCCAAGUGAACCUGGUUCAGGCCUCCAGAUCAAGUUCCAAGUGAACCUGGUUCAGGCCUCCAGAUCAAGUUCCAAGUGAACCUGGUUCAGGCCUCCAGAUCAAGUUCCAAGUGAACCUGGUUCAGGCCUCCAGAUCAAGUUCCAAGUGAACCUGGUUCAGGCCUCCAGAUCAAGUUCCAAGUGAACCUGGUUCAGGCCUCCAGAUCAAGUUCCAAGUGAACCUGGUUCAGGCCUCCAGAUCAAGUUCCAAGUGAACCUGGUUCAGGCCUCCAGAUCAAGUUCCAAGUGAACCUGGUUCAGGCCUCCAGAUCAAGUUCCAAGUGAACCUGGUUCAGGCCUCCAGAUCAAGUUCCAAGUGAACCUGGUUCAGGCCUCCAGAUCAAGUUCCAAGUGAACCUGGUUCAGGCCUCCAGAUCAAGUUCCAAGUGAACCUGGUUCAGGCCUCCAGAUCAAGUUUGGUUUAAUUUAGACGAGACAUUUUACCUUUUUUGUACCAUGAUUUUUUAAACAUUUUUAAAGACUAUCUUGUUUUAAAAAGUUAUUUCUUGUUCUGUACACAAUGUGUACACUUAGGACACCGUGUACACACAAUGUGUACACUAAGGCCGACGAUUUUGCAGAGAAAUAUUUUUUACAUCUUCAUUAAUUAUAGUUUUCUUUAAUCGAUUCCAAUUGAGUGCAGUUAAAUGAAGGGAUAGCUGGUUUAAUUUAAAGAUGGGCCUGCCUGAUUAAUGAUCGUACCCUUGUAACCAUAAUCUGAUUAAUAACGUGGAAAUGUUUUUCUAGCUGGAACUGUGUUCAAUUAUGUUAACUUCUCCAUUAUUUACGAAACAAGAAAUGCGCCAGUAACUUUUGUACAGACUCAGGUUUAAAGUGUGUCAUUGUGAGUCGAUCAUGUAAAUCUUUAAAAAAAUGUUAUUACAUUUACAUACUUUGUACUAAU